AUGACACACCUACAGUGCAUGCGUAUGCACACAAAAAGAAAGAUGGCUGCCUGUGCGAUACGACAAGGAUUUCUGACGACUGUCAGUAAAUAUAACAAGAAAAAUACACAAAGAAUGUUGCGUAUUAUUUACAAUAGUACUGGGAGCGAAUUAAAAAUACCCCGUUUACAGUGUUUAGCGUGCAGACUUCCGAACAUUCAACAGACGAGGUUCAUGUCGUCACGGAACAGGCCGGAGGGAAAAGUUCUGGAGACUGUGGGAGUGUUUGAGGCGCCAAAACAGCAUGGCAAAUAUGAAACGGGACAGCUGUUCCUCCACAGUGUGUUUGGCUACAGAGGGAUUGUGUUGUUCCCUUGGCACGCCAGGCUCUACGACAGAGAUAUUACCCCGCCCAUGUCUGAAAGUAAGCCCGAGCCUCCUGGGCCACACGGCUCUAAGGAGGUGAAGGGGAAGACUCACACCUACUAUCAGGUCCUCAUCGACACCAGGGACUGCCCCCACAUAUCCCAGAGGUCCCAGACUGAAGCAGUUACAUUCCUUGCCAAUCAUGACGACAGCAGAGCCCUCUACGCCAUCCCAGGUCUGGAUUAUGUGAGCCAUGAAGACAUAUUGCCAUACAACUCUGCAGAGCAGGUCCCCAUCCAGCACGAGCUGUUUGAGCGCUUCCUCAUGUUCAACCCUGCCAAAACGCCACCAUUUACUGAGCGGGACACCUUGAAGGCAUGGCAGGAAAAGAACCACCCCUGGUUGGAGCUGUCGGACGUGCACCGUGAGACCACAGAGAACAUCAGAGUCACUGUCAUCCCCUUCUACAUGGGCAUGAGGGAGGCACAGAACUCUCAUGUGUACUGGUGGCGGUACUGUAUCCGUCUGGAGAACAUGGGGGAGGAGGUGGUUCAGCUGAGAGAGAGACACUGGAGGAUCUUCAGUCUGUCAGGAACCCUGGAGACCGUCAGAGGACGAGGAGUGGUGGGACGUGAGCCAGUGUUGUCCAAGGAGCAGCCAGCCUUUCAGUACAGCAGCCAUGUGUCUUUGCAGGCACCCAGUGGACACAUGUGGGGGACGUUCCGUAUUGAGAGAACUGAUGGCUCCCACUUUGAUGUGCGUAUUCCUCCAUUCUCCCUGGAGAGCAACAAGGAUGACAAGGCCCCCCCUGCUGGCUACACCUUUUAAAUCCACCCUGGCGCUGCAACAAAGAUGGGACAAGCCAUGCUGAGGAACGGAUCAAACAUACCCAUCCUCCUUACAUACAUUUUGUCGUGAGAGUUUUCAAAAAACAUUGUAAUUAUGAGCAUUUUUAGAUAUGCUCAUUUAUAAACAGGAAUUAAUGUUCACCCGACAUUGCAUCUGGUUGUACCAGCCUAACAUUUCUAGAGGGGUCAGUAUGAGGCAGCAAAGGAGUGAGCGCAGAGAGAAAGCGUGUGAGUUCAGAUUUAGGGAGGUAUUUCAAACAGUAAGGGUGUGCUAUUGUUAUUGGUGUUUUCCACUGUUGAUAUUAAAGCAAUAUCAUCCACACCCUGAAUGUAAUGGGGAGACCAUGUCUGCAUCUUUUUUAUCAGGCUGGAUCCUGGUGUUGUGCCAGGCCCGAAUUGCAACCUAACCCUUCUGGUCUGGCUGAAGCCUUGUUUAGGAGAGGAAGUGCAUCUGUGCUGUGCCUUGCUCAGGACUAAGCAGUCUGUGUCUAUCUCUGUGAGAAGGACUGAUGUGGCUCUUGACAGUUUUUUGAAGAAACUACAGUUGUGGUAACUAGUUGGUCCUCUUACCCUGAGUAGAUUUUGAGAAAGGAUGAACGAGCUAACUGUGAGACUGUAAAUAGAGUUGUAAAGUCCAAACUAAUAAAGAAAUGUACAU